UGAAAUUACACGGACAGACAAAUAUCACAAUUCACAAAGAAAGCCAAUUUCACAGAGAGAGAGAGAAGAGAGAGAAGAAGACAACGUCCUCGUCAUCUUCUUUAUCUUCUUCUUCUUUCUUUCUUUCUUUCUUUCUUUCUUUCUUGUUUUACUGUUUUCUCCAUUGUUUUUGUUACUAGAACAAUGAUUCAGUACAUCUUAGGAGGAAUCCUAGCAUCAUUGAUAGGGCUUUUAUUUUUAUUGAAAUUAAAUGGAAAUAAGAAGAAUAAAAAGAAUGAGAUCCGAGAUGAAUGUGUUAAGAGUUCUAUCAAUGGUGAUUUACGAUCCAAUGGUGAUACGGAUAUUAUAAUUGUUGGUGCUGGUGUUGCUGGUGCUGCUCUUGCUUACACCCUUGGAAAGGAUGGACGACGAGUUGUUGUGAUUGAGAGAGAUUUAACCGAGCCUGACAGAAUUGUUGGAGAACUGUUACAACCAGGAGGCUACCUGAAGUUGAUAGAAUUGGAUCUUCAGGAUUGUGUAGAGCAAAUUGAUUCCCAAAGAGUUCUAGGUUAUGCUCUUUUCAAGGAUGGUAAAGAUACUAGACUCACAUAUCCCUUGGAAAAGUUCCACUCAGAUGUGGCUGGGAGAAGCUUUCACAAUGGCCGCUUUAUUCAAAGGAUGAGGGAGAAAGCCUCUACCCUUCCCAAUGUGCGGUUGGAGCAGGGAACUGUAACAUCCUUACUAGAAGAAAAUGGGACCAUUAAGGGAGUAUUGUACAAGACUAAGUCUGGUGAAGAAAUAAAUGCAUAUGCUCCUCUAACAAUUGUCUGCGAUGGUUGCUUUUCAAACUUGCGUCGUUCUCUCUGCAGCCCGAAGGUUGAGGUUCCCUCAUGCUUUGUUGGCUUGAUCCUUGAGAACUGCAAGCUUCCCCAUCAAAACCAUGGGCAUGUAAUUCUAGCAGACCCUUCACCAAUCUUAUUUUAUCAAAUCAGCAGUACCGAAGUUCGGUGUUUGGUUGACGUACCUGGCCAAAAAGUACCAUCUAUUGGAAACGGUGAAAUGGCCAUAUAUUUGAAGACUAUGGUGGCUCCUCAGAUUCCUCCUCAGAUAUAUGAUUCCUUUAUAGCAGCAAUUGACAAAGGAAACAUAAGAACAAUGCCAAACAGAAGCAUGCCAGCUGCUCCUCUUCCCACUCCAGGUGCCUUGUUAAUGGGAGAUGCAUUCAAUAUGCGCCACCCUUUAACCGGCGGAGGGAUGACUGUGGCAUUGUCUGACAUUGUUGUUCUACAGAAUCUUCUUAAGCCUUUGAGGAACCUGAAUGAUUCAGCCUCUUUAUGUAAAUAUUUGGAAUCCUUUUAUACCUUGCGGAAGCCUGUGGCAUCUACCAUAAAUACUUUGGCUGGAGCCUUGUACAAGGUCUUCUGUGCUUCUCCUGAUCAGGCAAGGAAGGAAAUGAGAGAAGCAUGUUUCGACUAUUUGAGUCUUGGAGGGGUUUGUGCUGAAGGCCCAGUAGCUUUACUCUCUGGACUCAAUCCACGCCCAUUGAGCUUAGUUUGCCAUUUCUUUGCUGUGGCCAUAUUCGGAGUUGGCCGUUUAUUGCUACCAUUUCCAUCACCCAAACGUCUAUGGAUUGGAGCUAAAUUAAUUUCGACUGCAUCUGGCAUUAUAUUUCCAAUUAUAAAGGCUGAAGGAGUCAGACAAAUGUUUUUUCCUGCCACAGUUCCAGCAUACUACAGAUCGCCACCAGUCGAGUAGAAACAGGCCAUACAUAAGAUAGAGAAGGGUCAGUAUUUGAUAUUGUAAUUUGUACCAGUAAAAUAGGUCGUCCUAUUCCCAAGAUCUAAAUUAAGUUUAGGGAAAGACGUUUAUGUGCAGAAUUUGUUCAUAUAGGAAUAUUCCUUUACUGGUUCUUUGCAACUUGUACGAACUGGAUUGUUUGUAUCUAAACUCUUGAAAACAAGUGGAUUACAUGUUGCUGUGGAAUCUGGCCUUUUUCUUUGUUAUCUCGGUUGAAUUUGUAAUGAGAGUAACUGAUUCUUUGAUUGUC